AUGCACGUUCCGCAUGUGCAGGGAUUCUGCCCGGCCAGUUGCCCAGUUUGUUUACACCGUUUAUGUUUUUUGUUGACGGUGCGGGGCCGAAGCUUCGCACCGGCACGGCACCGCAUGCAUCCGACGACGACGCGUUCACCGCUCGUCCACCCGCCCCGCCAACUCCUCUCCUAUAUAUGCACGCCGGGCCGCGGACGUUUCGGCCAUCCCGUCCUCAGAGCCGCGCAACGAUCCAGCGCACACAGCAAAUUAAGCAGCGACCUCCUUCGAUCGAAGAUGAGCCAGGACAAGGCCGCCGGCGAGAAGGCGGCGGCGGAGCCCAAGAGGCAGACGCCGCGGCUCAACGAGCGGAUCCUCUCCUCCCUCUCCCGGAGGUCCGUCGCCGCCCACCCGUGGCACGACCUCGAGAUCGGCCCUGGCGCUCCGGCGGUGUUCAACGUGGUGGUGGAGAUCACCAAGGGGAGCAAGGUCAAGUACGAGCUCGACAAGAAGACCGGGAUGAUCAAGGUCGACCGGAUCCUCUACUCCUCCGUGGUGUACCCUCACAACUACGGCUUCGUCCCACGCACCCUCUGCGAGGACAACGACCCCAUCGAUGUCCUCGUCCUCAUGCAGGAACCAGUCCUCCCCGGCACCUUCCUCCGGGCCAGGGCCAUCGGCCUCAUGCCCAUGAUCGAUCAGGGAGAGAAGGAUGACAAGAUCAUAGCCGUCUGCGCCGACGACCCCGAGUACCACAACCUCAACCAUCUCAGCGAGCUCUCUCCCCAUCGCCUCCAGGAGAUCCGCCGCUUCUUCGAAGAUUACAAGAAGAAUGAGAACAAGGAGGUGGCUGUCAACGACUUCCUCCAGGCCGAUGAUGCCCGUGCUGCCAUCCAGCACUCCAUGGAUCUGUACGCGGAAUACAUUAUGCACAGCCUAAGGCAGUAG